ACCUGAUUAAGUUCAUUUAGAUAGGCGUUUGAUUACAGUCUACGUUCCUCAGACCCUAACAUUUUAAAGUGCAUCAGCGCAGUUGCUUGUUGGGAGCACAGAAGGGGUUCACUAUUCACCAGCUACCUUUCAUGGACAUUUUUUUCAUUAUCUGAUGCUGCAAGGCGUGACUGAUCUGUGUUCAUGUGAUAGAGAAGGGGAGGCGAUUUUCUAAAAGAGUUUGCAGGAAUCCUUAUUGCAUUACUUGAGAGUCUGACUAUCCAGAAAGGGGUUUGCAGAUAGUGUUUGUUGUUGUUGGGGUUUUGGGUUGUUUUUUUUUGGUUUUUUGGUUGUUUUUUUUUUUUUUGCUGUUGUCAUUUUUUUUUUUCUUAACGGGAGGAAAAAAUACGGUGUUGGUUUGAGCUAUGGGGACAGCAACCUCUGCAGAGCGGUCUGGAAAGAGUCAAGAAGAUGCGACAACUAAUAAAGAGCAGAGUGAAGCCGUGAAUGACGAGAUUCAAGGAGAGGAUGCUGAUGCCAAGCUUUUACAGAAAAACGGCCAGAUUUCCAGUCCAUAUGAGAAACCGGAAGACCAUGUGGAACUCAAAGGACAGACAGAACAACUAAAUGGACAGGAGGAGGUGCAGGCCCAUGCAGAUGUUGGGCAAAGCGACUCAGCUGCUGUGUCCCAGAAAGAGGAACCAUCUGAGAAGAUGGAAACAGUACAUGAAGAAGUCAUGUCUCAGGUGAACGGGGAGAAGGAAAAAGAAAAGGAAUCACCAGCUGAGAAUGAGGAGUCUCCAACUGAGGAAAAGACAGAGAAGGAGAAGCCCAGUGAGCCUGAGACAAACGAAGUGGGAUUUAAAAAGGUCUUCAAAUUUGUAGGCAUUAAAUUUACAUUGAAGAAAGAUAAGAAUGAAAAGACUGAGCCUGUCCAACUGCUGACUGUAAAAAAUGAGGAAGGUGAAGCGAGCAGCUCAGAAGUCACUGAGGAAUCAAAGGCAGAGGCUGCGACAGAGGAAACCAAACCAUCUGAGGAAGGAGGUGCACCCGAAGAGAAAGAUGUGGCUGAAACUACAACAACCGAGCCUGUUGCUGCUGAGGUUCCUUCAGAAAAGAUCAGUGGGGAAACCAGUGAAAAACCAGAAGAAGCAGCAGAGGCAGCAGGGGCAGCAGAAACAGUUAAAGAACCAGAGAAACCAGCAGAGUCUCCAACCAGCCCUGCACUACAGGAGACACAGUCCCCUCUUAAGAGGUUUUUCUCUCAAGGGUUGUUUUCCAACUUGAGAAAAAAGACCAGCUUUAAAAAGCCUAAAGAAGAAGAACAGACAGCUGUUGAAAAGACUGAAGCUGUGGCUGAGGAAGAAACAAAGGAACCAGAGGUAAAAGAGGAGGAGGCUACAACAGAGGUUGAGAAAAAAAUAGAAGAGACAGCCACAGUACCUAAGCCAGAAGAGGCUGCAACACAAGAAGUCACUGAAGCAACGGAGGAAGUAUCAGAACCCACAGAGAAAAAACCAGAAGGAGCAGCAGAGCAGAAAACAGAGGGUGUGGAUGCUGUUCCUGAGAUUGUGGAGGAAAAGUUGGCAGAUCUGCAAAGCUGUGUUCCAGAAAACCAAACAGAAGCAGAGGUUCCAGAGGUGAAAAGUGAAGCAGAGCAAGACAAAGUAAUGAAAGAGGAGAUUCAGCAGGAUGAACCUGCAGAUGAAUACAAACCCACAGCAGAAACAGUUCAAGACGCUGUAGAACAGACAAUUCCAGAGGACUCGUCCACAACCAAAUUGCCACAAAGUGUCACAACUGAGGCUGAACUGUUAUCUUCGCAGGAAAAAGCCAAGUUACAAGGUAGCCCCCUUAAAAAGCUUUUCAAUGGGACUGGUUUGAAAAAACUGUCUGGAAAGAAACACAAAGGCAAGAAAGAGGAAGAGUCAAAGCUUACUGAAUCAUGUGAAAAUGGGAGUGAGCAGCUGCAAUCUUCCACUGAAUCUGCAGAAGGACAAAAAGUAGAGAGCUUGCUCUCUUCACCUAAAGAAUCUACUGAGAAUGUUGUUGCAGAAGCAUCCCAGACAGAGACAUCUGGGCUCGAAACAGAAGGGGAUGGGGCUACUUCUGAUGGAGAGAGGAAAAAGGAUGGCAUUACACCCUGGGCUUCAUUCAAAAAGAUGGUCACACCAAAGAAGCGAGUCAAAAGGCUUUCUGAGAGUGAUAAAGAAGAUGAGUCAACUGAAAAACCUAAAAGCGCAACUAUGUCUUCAACAGAGAGUUCAACAUCUGCUGAGAAACAGGAAGUGCCAAAAGCCAAUGAGGAGGAACUGAAUUUAGAACAGAGCACUGAAGAGCCCAAAAAGAAAGUUGACUCUUCUGUCUCCUGGGAAGCUCUGAUCUGUGUAGGGUCAUCCAAAAAGAGGACAAGGAAGACAUCAGACUCAGAUGAUGAAUCUCCAAAGUUAGCAACGGAAGUCGAGAAAUCAGUUGAGGAAUCUGAAAAAAGCAAGGAUGCAAAAGCAGAAUCUCCAAUAACAAGCUCUCAAGAAGCAGACCAUGAGCAAGCAUGUUCAUUGCCAGAGCAAGCUGGAAGUCCCUCUGAUGGAGAAGGGGUGUCUACUUGGGAAUCAUUUAAGAGGCUAGUUACCCCGAGAAGAAAAUCCAAGAUGGAAGACAAACCAGAGGAAUCAGUUGCAGCUCCUGCUACUGAACAAGUUCCUUCAGACGGCGAAGCUGGAAAAGAGGAAUCCUCAUUUUCUUUAAAGAAACUAAUCCCAGGCCGCAAAAAGAAGAAGUCUGAUGCCAGGCAAGAGCAUACCCCAGCAGUGGAAGCCGGAAUAGAGGCUGUGGAAAAAGACACCGGUGAAGAGGAUUCCGACACUCCAGCUGUUGUUCCGUUGUCAGAAUAUGAUACUGCAGAGCCAGAACAAGUUGAGGUUGUGCUGAAAGAGGGGACUACAGUAGAAGUAAAGCAACUAUUAGAAGAUCAGAUUGUAACUGAAGAGGCUAAACCAGCAACUGAUGCUAGCAUCCAAGAGGCAAAGGCAGUUUCUGAGGAAGAAAAACCUGUUGCUGAGAAAAUUGAAAUGGUUGAAGAAAGAUCACCAUCCUGGAUAGCAGCAACACUUACUGAAAAAAUAGUUGCACAGAGAAUUGAAAGCAUAAGCACACACCAGCAGCUCAGUGACAUAGCUGAAGAAGUGCUAGUGGAAGACACUGUCUCAGCUGUGGAAGUGUCAGUUCAGGUCAUUCAGGAUGACACUAUUGCUGAAGAUAUAGUAGAGCUGACCUCAGAGGCAGUGACAGCAUUCGAACAGGUGCACGAAGAAUCCUUUGCUGAGGAGACAACUGAAAUGGUGUCAGCAGUUUCUCAGCUAAACGAGUCUGCAGCAACAUCAGGAAAUGCCACACCUGUACUGGUUACCGAAGAAUAUGAAGUUAAACAAAAACAGGAUAUAUUGCUGGAAGCUGCUGAAAGGGUGAAGUUGACUCCAGUUGCCUUAUCUGUCACUGAGGCAGCUACAACAACAGAAGAGGCUAUUGUAGCAACAGCAGUGCAGUUGGUGGAGUCAGCUGUAAAAAAAGAUGUGAAAGUUGAUGUGGAACAGAAAGAAGCAGAAGCAGUUGUAUAUUGCACAGGCCUGUCCACGCAAGAACUGGAAGCAGUUGAGAAAAGUCUUCCAAAAACCACAGUGGAGGUAAUUACUGUCAUAGAGGCAAUUUCCACAGAAGUAAUGGCUGAAGAGAAGCCUGAAUCAUUGCCACUACAAGCAACUGAAAAAUAUAUUCAACAGGAGAUAGCAGAGCAAGUCAAGACUGAGGUAGCAGAGGCAGUUGAGGAAUUUGAAACAAAAGUUGAAGUGGCUGAGAUGAAAGAAGAGCCACAAUCCCAAAUAACCAAAGCCGUAGAACAGAUCUUUGAGACAUCAGAGGCGCCCCUUGUAGAAAAAGUAGUGGAUGAAGUCUCACAGAUUGUGGAAACAGAGAUAAAGAAAGAUAUUGAAUCAGUGCAAGACAAAGCUGAAUCAGAACCUGCAGCAACCAGCGUUGUUCUGGAAGAAGCUGUUGGAGGACAAAAACAAGCAGAGAUUCCAGAACCAGAAACUGGACCAUCUGAGAAAGAGACAACAGAACUUAAGUUAGCACAACAAGUGGAGCUUAAUGGAGUGCAAGCCGAAUUUGAGCUUUCUGAAGAGCAACCGAUUCUAGCAAAUACACCAUUGCUGGAAGCAGAAGGUCCAGCUGAAGCAACAGUCGAGGAGCUCAUUUGCACCCACCAUGAAGAAGUAACUGAAAAGCCAACCAUUGAAGAACAAUUACAUGAACUUGAAAGUGUUCAAGAGGUUGUUGAUGUCCACCGUGCUCCAGUUGAAGAAGUCAUCCAUUCUGUGCCACAGGAAGUAACCUCAAUGACUGAAGCUCCUGCAACUGAGAUUUUAGAAGCCCAGGAAGCUCAAUUUGCUGUAACAGCAGCUGCAGUUGAAGAGCAUGUUGUUAAAGAAACUGUCAGUAUUAUUGAGCCAUCAUCAGAAAUUGUAAAGCCUGACAUGAUAAAGGUGACCACGGACUUAGGAAAGGCUCUGUCAGUAAAGUUUAAAGAUGAGCUUGAAAGCACAACUGUGGUUGAACACACAGUAGCUGAGACUGCAGCUGCAAUUGUUGAAGCUGCAAUUGAAGCUGCUACCAGUGGAAUGACUAAUGAAAACUUGAUUCAUGAACAUUUUGAAACAUUGGAUACUAAAACAGUAGAGAAAGAAUGUGUAAUUCAGACAGAAGCCAUUGAAAAACAGAGCCCAAUGAUUGUUCAGGAGAUUAUCCAGAAUAUUUUUGAAAACUUUACAGAGAAGGCAAGCGAAUCCGUUGAGAUUGCGGUCCCAGGAGUACAGGAUGCUCCUGAAUUACAGCUAGCAGCUAUAGAAGUUGCAUUAUCUGAGACUGAGAUUCAGACAUCUGAACCACAGCUUGAAGAGGAAGUAAUUUCUACAACAUGUGUGGAAAACAAUGAGACAAAACCCACAGUAAUAGAGGAAGCUGAAAAGGUCUUAGAAGACCAUGAUGCUUUGGUGGAAGAAAAUGCUGAACCUAUUUCUUCAACAGAAGUAACAGAAAUAGUAUUAUCUGAGCAGGUGCAAAUAAAGGAAGAAGAAACAACUGAGCAUGCAGAAGCAACUGGCAUGGCCACACAGAGUCCAGCACUGUUAGAGGCACACACGGAGGAGGAAGUCCAGGACAAGACUGAGAACAGUGCAGGGCUGGAAGAAGUACAAGUCCCAACUGUGUUUGAAGAAGAGUGCCAGGCAGUUGCUGAAGAAGCUCUGAGCCAGACAGUCAAGGGGGUUGAAAGCCUUCCAGUUAAAGAAGUAAAGAUCCAAGAAGUGGUAGAGGGAAUUGAAAGCAAAUUAGUGACUGAAGAAGUUCAGGAAAUAAAGCGCCAGGAGGUGGAAGAGGAACAUAAGAGCCAGGAAGAUGAAGUCAAAGAUAAGGAAGAUGGUAUUAAGAGCCAAGAGACAGACAAAGUGAUCAAGAGUCAAGAAGUGGAGGAUGUGAAGAGCCAGGAAGUGGAAGCAGUUCAAAAGAGAAACAAAGUGGUGGAGAAUGUAGAGAGCCAAGAAGUGGUGGCCGAAGUUGAGAGCCAACUGAAUGAGGAAGAAACACAGGAAGUUGUAGAAGAAGUAAUGGUCCAGACGGUUAUUGAAGUAAAGACUCAGGCAGUGGGGGAAGGCGCUGAGAGCCAGGAAGUGGAGGUUCAGAGCCAGCUACCAGUGGUAGAAGAUCUCAUAAGUCAAACUACAGUUGUAGAAAGUCUACAAACAAAGACUGAGGAGGAGGAAGAUGCAAAUAAACAGGAAACCAUGGAAGAAGAGAUACCAAGUGAGCUAAUAGUGGCAGAUGAUGCAUUAAGCGAAACAUCAGUGGUAAAAGAGAAAGUGAGUCAGGAACCUGUUGUAGAAGAUCAGAGCCAAGAACCAAUGGUUGAAGAUAAAGAAUGUGACACACAAGUGGUGACAGAGGCACCAAGUGAAACACCAGUGGCAAAAGAGACAGAGAGCCAAGAACCAGUUAAAGAAGAGGUACACAGUCAAGAAACAGCAGUGGAAGAGGUACAAAGCAAGACAACAGUGGUAGAAGGUGUACCAAGUGAAAUAUUAGUUAAAGAAGAAACCUUAAGCUUGGAACCAGUUGCAGAAGUAAAGAGCCAAGUAGUGGUAGGAGAAACAGUAGUGCUAGUAGGUGCUACAACUGAAACAGCAAUAGUAGAAGAUGUCACCGUUGAAACAGCAGUUGUAGAAAAAGCACCAGUGGGAUCAGUUCUGCAAAGCAAGAUACCAGUGGUAGUUCUACAGAGUCAAACAGAAGUGAAGGAAGAUGUGCUAAGCCAGGAAGUAUUGAUAGAAAACAUACUUUGCCAGGAAUCAGUGGCAAAAGAGGUGAAGGAGGUUACAGAAAGCCAGACAUCAGUGGUGGAAGAACAAACGACAGAGGAAGUGGAAAGCCAAACAGUGACAGAGGUCAAGGAAGAAGGACAAGACCCGACACUGGCUGAAGAUGAUGUGCAAAGACACACACCUGCCACAGAAGUGCCUGUACAGAGCAAAGAAUCUGUUUUACAAGAUCUUGAAAGCAUGACACCAGUAGACGACAAAGUAGAAAGUGAGAUGCCAGAGAUCAAAAAAGAUCAGAUAGUGGUGAAAGAAGAAGCAAGCCAAGAAGCAAUAAGUAAAGAGCUGCACAGCCAGGACAUUUCAGAACAAACUGCAACAUCUUGAGGCAAAAGCAGGUCUAUGAAGUAAGCAGAUACUCUCUGUGGAAGUCGCAAUCUGAAAGCAGGAAAGGAAAACUGAGGACUCCUGAAUGCACACAGGAAGAGCUCUCAUAGCGUGCGAGUGCACGAGGGAUAAGACGGACCUACCUACCUACUUACCUGCAGCAUCAUUCCUGUCAGAAAGACAACCCUGGACACGACCGGGAGCUUUAUUCACCGUUCUUCACAGCUGUGACCUAACAACUUUCAAUGCUUUUAGCCUGAUGAGCUUGUAAUUAAUGUGAUGUCUGUUUGCUGACCUUCUGCUCCUCCAUUAUUAUAACCUGGAAGGGAUUGUGGCAGACUUGUACGGUCCUUUGUUUUAGAAAGUACUCAGUGUGUAUUUCCUUGUAUAUUGUAUGUAUCUAAAAUGAGUCCUUUUUGUAUUUAUAUUACUUUUGUGCAAGUAUAAAGAUAUAGGGAUGCUCUUUAUCCCUGCCUUCGCUGUAUGCUGUUAUUUCAGGCUUUAUUGCAUUAAGAUUACAUGAACAUGGUACAAGUGCCCUGCUAAAGGCCAGUUUCGAGUAACUGUAAAGCUUCUAUGUUUGGUAACUAAUUGUUUUUUCAUACAAACAUACAGUUGCCAUCAAGUGAUCAUCUGAUUUUGUGAAUCCGCUUUUCAGUUUUGACAGCCUGGGGACAAGUAAUUAAUUUUUAAUUUGCGUAGAUGAAACUUUUAUGAUUUACACUAAUUUUUUGUCAACAGUUGGUUACUCCCUGGCACUGUGAGCUAGCUUUUCAAAUUACACAGUGAUCUCUGCAUAUUCUACAUUUUAACUAAUGUACCUCCUCUGCAAAAAAUAAAAAUGAUUUAAAAAGUG